AUGUGUAUUGGUCCACAAUUCCGCAGUGUUAAAGAUCAAGCCGCAAAUGGCGGCGGCUCCGUGUGGAUGCCGAACCUCGUCGACGCGCAGCGCUCUCCGGCUGUUUCAGAUCCCUCGUCUCCUCUCAGCGCAUCUCACGGCGUGCUGUCCGUCCAGCAGCAGCAGCAGCAACUGCAGCAGCUGCUCGUCACGAUCGGCCAAUCAGCGAACGCCGUGAGCCAAGCCACGAUGCAGUUCGUCAACGCCACGUCGUCCGUCAACCCUACUUCAUUUCCCGCCAGCCACGUCAGCCAUCAGCAGGCUCAGUCCGCAGCUUCCAAUUCCGGCGCGGGCCAGCAGAGCGCAGCAGACGCGGUGGUGAACAUGAUUCUGCGCAAACUCGCCGGCGACGCGUCUGGCUUCGCGAAGCAUCCAGUCGCCAGCGCAGCGGCGGCCAGCCCCGCUUCGUCCAAAUCGGACGUCUCCGUCGAGCCCGCCUCCGCUGCUGCUCCCUCCGCUCCCCUGCUCGACGCCUCGUCCCGCCCCUCGUCCGCCCCCCCUCGCCGUCCGACUUUCCUCUCCGCGCCGGAGCGCGGGCCGUCCGCCGUCGUGCCGUCAUCCGCGGGCUCUGUCCCCGCGGACUCCGGCGUGAGUCUGCAGCAGUUGGUGCCGGGAUCGUCGGAGGAGACGGAGAGCGACGACGACAUGCUGCUGGCGUACCUGUACGCGCAGGGCCACGCGCACGCCACGGCGCCGGAGGUACAUGGGAAGGAGGACAAGGGCGGACGGCGCAGUGGGGGAGGUCGAGAAGCAACAGGAGCAGCAGGUGCAGCAGGUGCAGAGGCAGGGGGAGGUGAUGGCAAUGGAUGGAGCAGCGGACAUGUCGCUGCUGCUGCAGCUGCACGACGAUG